CCCUCUCACCCCGCCCCGUUCAACUCAGUCCGCUGCGUUCAUUUCAUUCCUGCUCCCAUUCCGCGCAUAUUUCGCAUCCUUGGAGAGACGCUGCGUAUUUUACGCACUCAGCGCGCCCGAUCCUUCCUCAAACCAAAACCGAGAGGAGACUCUGGAGUUGGCGGAGGGCUUCCCGCUGCUGUAGCGACUCCGAUCCGGUGAAAAGUGUGGGAAUUAAUCCAUAAAGAGGCGUAUGAAUCGAGAGCUCUGAGGUUGGAUUUUGGAGCGGCUCACUCACUUUUCUACAGUUCACUAGUCCUUAAAUUUUUAUUACUGGUAGUUACCAUUUGGAGCUACCGUCAGUUUCUAGUUGGCCACAGCUGGCCGUUGUUACUGGGAGUUAAUUAUUACCAUUAUAGUUCAUUUUAGCUUCAGUUUAUCACUAGACUUUUAAUUACUUUAUCAACUUGGCAUCAAGGCAUUUGCACUGAGUACACAUCAGCUAGUUACCGUUAGCUGCCAGUAUGGAGCGCAGUAGCUGGAGUGGCAGUGAGAGUCCAGGGGAGGACAUGGACAGACUGAGUGAUUCUGGAGGGGACAAGACCAUGGAUGGGGAUCCCGAGGGAGUUUGGAGCCCGGACAUCGAGCAGAGCUUCCAGGAGGCCCUGGCCAUCUAUCCGCCCUGUGGAAGGAGGAAGAUUAUACUGUCGGAUGAAGGGAAGAUGUACGGUCGAAACGAGCUGAUAGCCAGAUACAUCAAACUCCGAACGGGGAAGACGCGAACAAGGAAACAGGUAUCCAGUCACAUCCAAGUAUUGGCCCGAAGAAAAUCCAGGGAAUUUCAGUCCAAGCUAAAGGACCAGAAUGCCAAGGAGAAAGCUCUGCAGAGCAUCUCCUCCAUGUCCUCUGCUCAGAUCGUCUCAGCCACGGCCAUACACAGCAAGCUGCUGCCUGGGAUAGUCCGUGCCAGCUUCCCUGCUAAUGCACAGCUGUGGCAGGGGAUGAUUCCUGGAGGACAGUCCAGCUCCACCGCAGAAGACAUCAAGCCUUUCUCUCAGCAAGCCUACUCUGUGCAGACAGCAGGGACCACCACGAUCUCAGGCUAUGAACCUCCCAGUGCAGCCCAAACGCACCGAGAGCCGGCAUGGCAGGGUCGCUCCAUCGGCACCACCAAACUACGACUGGUGGAGUUUUCAUCUUUCCUGGAGACACAGAGGGACCAGGAGGCAUACAACAAGCACCUUUUUGUGCACAUCAGCCAGAGCAGCCUGAGCUACAGCGAUCCGCUGCUGGAGUGUGUGGACAUCCGGCAAAUCUACGACAAGUUCCCCGAGAAGAAGGGAGGUCUGAAGGAGCUGUUUGAUAAGGGCCCACAAAACGCCUUCUACCUGAUCAAAUUCUGGGCGGACCUGAAUUAUAACGUGCAGGACGACCCCGCAGCCUUCUAUGGUGUGACCAGCCAGUACGAGAGCUCGGAGAACAUGACAAUCACCUGCUCCACCAAGGUCUGCUCCUUUGGCAAGCAGGUGGUUGAGAAGGUUGAGACGGAGUACGCGAGGUUUGAAAACGGGCGUUUUGUCUACAGAAUCAGUCGUUCGCCGAUGUGCGAAUACAUGAUCAACUUCAUCCACAAGCUCAAACACCUGCCGGAGAAAUACAUGAUGAACAGCGUGCUGGAGAACUUCACUAUUUUGCUGGUGGUGAGCAACAGAGACACUCAGGAAACGUUGCUGUGUAUGGCGUGUGUGUUCGAGGUGUCCAACAACGAGCACGGAGCACAGCACCACAUCUAUCGACUCAUCAAGGAAUAACACACACACAUAUACACACUCACGUUGAAACACAUGUAUGGCCUUUGCUUGGUGUUUUUUUUUUUUCCUUUUUUGUGACAUCAGAGCUAAAAAUGUCUCUAAAAAUUAGUUUCAGCCAAACAAAUUCGUGAAAAAAAGAAAAAGGCUGCAUUUUCACUGAAAAUAACGGGGGUAAAAAUAUUUUUUUUAAUUAACACCAGAUGUGACACCGCAGAAACCUCCUCAACAGGAGCAUAUCCACACUAACUCCAAACCUGGUGAUCGGUAGCUCAUUAGCUAUAAUGAUAAUAAAAAAAGCACAGUGGCAGUGCAGCCAUAAAAACACAUCAGAAUCGACCUGGUGCAUUUCCCCAAGAACAUCCUGACUCUGAUAUCACCAGGGGAUGUCACGUCUCCACUAAUUGGUUCCUUCUUCUCUUUCUCCCAGUUUUUUCUCUUUUCUGUCUUUUUUUCCUCUUUCCUAUCUUGAUGAUGGAAAUGAAAGUGGUGUUUCUGUCAUGAGUUUUGGUGAAAGUCGACCCAGGGAGAAGAAAGAAAGAGAGGGGGAGAAAAACAAAACAAAAAAACAACAAAAAACAGAGAGAGUGAGAUCUCAUAAUUUCCCCCCCGUGUGUUAUCUGUCAGGAAACUGACAGGCGCUGAAGGUCAGACCCUGUGUAUCAUCAAUAAGCAGAGAAAGCUGGAGGAAAUAACACUACUGCAUUAUCAUAUAGUAGAAUAUAGAGGUGGAUUUGUACAGAUGGACACUGCAAAUUGUGUGAGCUGAAUUCUUAUACAAGAGGUUUGUCCCAAAGAAAAAGAAAUCAAAUUUUUACCUUUUUGUAUGUUUUCUUUACAAAAAAAAGAAAAGAAAAAAAUCUUCUAAACUUUGGGGAGUUGUUUAUUGAUAAUAGCAUAGAGAUUCUAUUUUAAUUCCACAAUCACUAUCUAAACCUUAUGUUAAUAAUAAGAAACUAUAAGUGAAAUUGAACAAUUCAGGUAGCUUUUUUUGUGCAACAGGUGACUCUUUAUUUUGCUUAAAAGACUAACGAAAUUAUAAUCCUCAAGAUUUCAGAAUCCUGUUUUGUGGGCUUUUAUUGUGAAGCAGCAGCUGUAGGAAAUGCCAGCUCUGUGGGAGAACGGCAAACGGUGAAACUGACGUCACUGAGACGUCAUUAGAAAUGCUAAAACUGGAUUCCAUAAAUGGAUUCAACGUGGAAUUGCAGGCUUCAUCCCAAACCGUGACAGCUGUCAACCAGAGGGGUGAUUAACAGAUAGAAAUGUGAUUACAAACUAUGAUCAACUAUUAAUAUGAGUUUGCAGAUCUUAAGGAUUAUAAUCUGAAGCAUACUCUGGUCUACUGAAAAGCACUGUGAAUUUUAAACCUUAUACAUUGCCAUUCAUGGUGUACACGUAGGGAAAAAAGUUUUACUGCUGUUUUUAUUGUGUAAAUUACUUUUGCAACUUAAAGGGGACCUAUUGUGUUCAUUUCCAAAUUUUCAUUCUUUUAGUCUCCUAGAGUAGCUUUGCAUGCGUCACAGUUCAAAAUAAUCCUCCUUUAUCUUAUUUUGGUCCUUGAUGUAGCCCUUCAGUUCAUUCAAUGUCUGAGUCAGCCUCCCAUUAUUAAACCCAACUUCUUCUAAUUGGCCACUUCCUGCAAACAGAAGGCUCAGCAGGUGGGCGGGGCUUUUGUACACAGAGGUUUUUUUUUGUUUUGUUUUGUUUUUUUGCUAUCUGAAGCAGAAACCUGAGCUUUUGGUUCACAGGGAUUACUUAUACAUACCCGGACAUAUUAUUUAAAAUGUUGGCCUAGUUUAUUCCAAGUGUCCACCAUUUUAACUUUAUAUAUGAUGGAAAACAAGGAAAAGUAUAAUAUGUCCCCUUUAAUGUUAUCUUAGGUAAGUGUGAUGACCAUGCCCAUACAAGCAAGCCUGAAUAUUACAUCCAUAUUUAGAUGGGACAGCCCUGACCAGAAGCAUUCUCACCUCAGUGUCAGGGUUAUUUUAACUCUAGAUGACACAGUUCCCCUCAACCACUACAACACAGGUUUUUCUGGUUAUAUAAUAUUUAAAAAGUAAUUUAUGAAUUUUAAAAAACCAAAAACUCUCGAUGGAGUGUACUGUAGCAGGUGUCGUCUGGUGGUUUGUCUGUGUCAUGCCCAGCAGCAUGAAGUGCCUUUGGCUGGAAACAGCAUUAGACAUUUCUAUUGUGUUUCCCAAAAGUCCUGAUAAUUUGAUGUUGUAGGUGGUGCAUGGGACAAAAAAACAAAAACAUUUUAUUGUACAGGAACAUUUUGGUCCCACAUGCCCCUGUUUUCUGUGUCCUGGGAUCAGUUUAUCCAAAUUCCAUGUAAAAGUGGUUCUUUAAUUUAAUUUGUGGACAGUCCUGAUUAAUUUUUCAAUUUUUUCUGAUGUCUUUGGGAUAAAUUCUUGUUCAUGUGGUAUCUAUUGGCAGUAUUUAUUCCAUGUAUUUGCAUUUGUUUAUUACAUGUAUGACGGAUUCAUGUAGACAGAGCUUGUGCACUAGAUAUUACCUGGCGCCUCGUUCAUAAAAUGCAAUUGUUUGGACUUGUCACUGUUUGGACGACCUGCUCUUACAAACCUGCUGUAGAAUCAUUUUGAUUAUCUGUUUUAUAUAGACGCUGUUAAAAGUAGUGGAUGCCAUCAAUUAACUUUUUACAACUUUAAUAUCUCUGUCUGAUACAGCUACAGCUAGCAGGUUAGCUUAGCUUAGCAUAGCAAUGAAAGCAAGUGGAAACAGUGCUCAUAAUCCCUUCUAAAGCUAGCAAAUUCACAUAUUAUAUUGUGUUUGUUUGGUAUGUUUUAAAAAAAAAAGCAUAUAGUCAAGUUAGGCAGUUUAAAAAAUAAGAAGAAAUGCUAAAAGUCAACCAGCUCUCAAAUCAUCUUGUCUUGUUAUAUAUUCGCAUACCUAUAGCUGGUUAGCUUAGCUUAGCGUACUCAUAAUUAGCUUUUGCAGAUUUUCUGCAAGUUUGGCCUGUAUUCCCAACCACCGGUGUUUGGAAGGCUAGUUUUAAAAAGUAAUAGAUUAAUGAAUUAAAACUGAGUCAGACUGCCUGCUCUCAGACUUGUUCCAGCAGUCCAAGCAUACUUUUGAGAAGUAGGCAGUUUCACUUUUAGCUUUGCUGUUUCCACAUGUUUUCAUGGUGUGAUAAACUCAUGGCAUUAGCAGCUUUCACACAACAAACCGAACAAGAAAUGUAUUUGUUAGAGUGCCAAACUGAUUCUUUCAAGUUAGACUGAAAAGGCAGCUAUAAUAAGCUACACUGACUAGGUUUACCGAUUUAUCUGGAUAAGCUUCUUUCUCUUGGAAUUAAAAUCCAUGAUUUGUAACUCAUUGCAGCUCUUAAAGAUUUCUUUUUUUUUUUUUGUUUACAUGUGGGAAUCUGUUUAAACACUAGAAGGUCGGAAAAAUGAAGCAAUGUGAAUAAAUGAGGCCCAGAGAUUUUUAUGUUUUAAUAAGAAAACCUUGAUACAAUGAUGUUGGCCGAAAAUGCUUUGCGGUGUUCAGAAGAUCCAGUAACUUGUAGGAACUUCAAACCUCAAAUGACACAUCUUUGCUCAGAAAUGGCCAGCUGUUCAAAAUUUAGCCUCAACAAGUUAUGACUCACACGUGAUUCACGUCUCCUGCCUUUGUGCUGAAAUGGAUUAGUGUUUAUCCAAAACCACUAGGUUUUGACUCUGUUAAACUAAAGACCCCUGUGGGUGUCUGUCGGGAUUACAAACCACGCUUUCCCCCCUCACACUCGUGAAUCAUCCCGCUAGGAAAUUCCCCUGCUCUUGACUUUCCCAGACUUGUGGCUCACACUCCAGUAUUUGUUGUUUGUAGACCGAACACUAGGCCUUCUGCAGGAGGAUGGACACGUAACGUGCAAGUGAUAGCCCAACAAAAGCUGCAGCUAUGACCCUCUGUCCAAACAGUAUCUAGCACCUGCUUACCAAAGACAGUCAUGUGACACAAAGUAAAGAGGAAAGUGAUUUAUUAAAGCUCGCUUAAUGAACAUAAAAAAACUAAAUCAAAAAUGGACGCCCCUUACCAUCUUGGCUGUCAGGAAAAGGCUUCUUUAAACUGUGACUCAUUAAAAUGCUCUAACUGUCCGUUAAACAUUACAAGGACUCAGCUGCACAGCUUAACUGUUAACUGUCCAUUUGCUGUAAUCAGCUGGAGAAUAUGUGGUGACAAUAAAAUAACACUAAAGCAGUGAAGUCUAAAAGGUCGUUCAAAAGGUCACAAAGUCCAGUGAAGCACUGAGUUUUUCAGUCAUUGUCGUCUGUGUUGUUAAUGUCGUCUUGUAUGUGCAAGUUGGAUAUUAUCUUCUAUUACGGAUCACGUGAGGCGCAGAAAUCCUGUCUGUAAUCAAUUCCAAAAUGGCCUUGAAUCUUUUUCGCUCCGGUGCAGCACGCGUGUGUCGUGCACCGAGGGGUUUUUGAUAAGGUGCUUUGUAUAAAAGUGACAAUAACGUUUAUUACAGAUGUUGAUAUUCUAAUGUUUAUCCUAUUUUGUGAAGAGAGUACAUUUAGGAGAAAUCCAAAAGCUAGUGAUGUGUGUCUAUUGGUACUGCACAGGGUCUGAUCUUUGCUUUGUAACUUUCUCCCCCCUCAUGGCUAAAGGUAUGUUAGAUAUUUUCUAGCUUUGUAGAGACUUUGUACGCAUAUGCUAUUCAGUUUAAAUAAAUGGUCAGUUCUAAA